AUGGCGGGCCGCCAUGAAAAUGAAAAGAAAUUAAAACUUGCUGAUCAAAAUUCAUCGGAGAUUCGAUACUUGAAAGAGCAAGUAUGCAACCUGAAGAAAGAAGUUCAUACGUUAGAGAAAGAGGCAGAGAGUUUGAAAGAAGAAAAAAUCCCAGUCCAACGGAAAGGCGAAACACAUCUGAAACAGACAGAUUCACGAGCACACAGACCAGGAUCUGAAAUAGACCGACUGAAGCAAGUUAUUUUGCAGCUAGAGUAUGAAAAUGAAAAGCAUAAAUCACACAUUUCCACCAUAUCAGGGGCAAAAGAAAAUGCAUUACAAAGGCAAAGUCAAGCUGAACUAAACAUCAAAACAUUAGAGGAGGAAAUACAGCGUUUAAGAGAAAGACUGUUAAAGCAAGAAGAUGACAAUUAUCGACUCCAAAAGGAAAUCUCUGAAGUUUGUAAAGAAAAAGACAAUGCAUUAUCAAGGUUAAGCAAGGUGGCUGGUGCCAAGCUAUAUCAUGGUAAUGCAGCAGUAACCGAUCUUAGUGACAGCAAUCGUCCAACAAAAAUAGCAGAAAAAUUCUCCGAGUUGUAUGACAACCAGUGGACAGACGCUUUUGAGGAACUUAAGAAUACGUACAACACUGAAGAAGAAACUAUACAAGUCCUGUUGAACAUAUUACAGGAGGCAUACACGUUUUGCAUGAAAGCAGAGAAUUAUUAUGAAACCAGGAUCGACGAAGCAGUCUUUACACUCACGGAUGUAAAUACUGAAGAGACACGUCGGAUCAAUGGUACAAAUAGUUCUAUACAAAAAGCACUAGCAGAUUUAAGGCUCUCGAUGGGAAAUGCUUGUUCUUCAAUUAUUGGGCAGAUGUUUCUUGCGAAACUUCCAGCCAUUUUGAAGAAGAAGUUAGACGUUUCUGUGUCCCCCAAAACAAAGUUGUAUGCACGUCAAUGUGCAAAUCUCUGUUGGAGAAUGAGAAUCCGUCUUCCUCCAGUGUUUGCCCGCUUUGAAUUCGGAAAAGGGACGACAUUUAACACAGAUAUACUGAGGAAAUAUACCAAAACAGGAGGAUAUUUGGAUUUCGUUGUCUGGCCUGCAUUGUACUUGCAUGAAAAUGGACCUGUGUUGUCUAAAGGUGUGGCACAGCCAAAACAUUUUCCAUGAUUAUUACAAUAUUACUAUAGUAUACUAAUUCAUAUUUGUUUUGCAGUUUUUCUUAUAAUGAUUUGAUGUCCUUUUGCUUAUGUGUCAUAUUAAAACGUUUGCUGAUAUUUC